AUGAUGAAGCUGCUCCUCCUUCUCAGCUUGGUGGCUCUCUCCCAAUGCCUUGUGUCCAAGGUCACUCUGAGGAAAGGCAAGUCCCUGCGGAAGGCCCUGAAGGAACAUGGCUUGCUGGAACACUACCUGAAGCUCAACCCUUACAACCCGGCCAGCAAGUACUUCCCCUCGCUGGCUAGCACGGUCUCCUCUGAGCCUCUGACAAACUACAUGGAUAUGGAGUACUAUGGCACCAUCUCCAUUGGCACCCCGGCCCAGGAGUUCACUGUCCUGUUCGACACCGGCUCCUCCAACCUGUGGGUGCCCUCGGUGUACUGCUACAGCGAGGCCUGCACCAACCACGACCGCUUCAACCCAGAAGACUCCUCCACCUUUGUGGCCACCGACGACACUGUCUCCAUCCAGUAUGGCACCGGCAGCAUGACCGGAAUCCUGGGCUAUGAUACUGUUGAAGUUGGGAGCAUCACAGUUAGCAACCAGAUCUUUGGGUUGAGUGAGACAGAGCCUGGCGAUUUCUUCUAUUACACCCCCUUCGAUGGCAUCCUGGGUCUGGCCUUCCCCAGCAUCUCUUCCUCUGGAGCCACCCCUGUCUUUGACAACAUGAUGAGCCAAGACCUAGUGAGCGAGGACCUCUUCUCAGUCUACCUGAGCAACGAUGACGAGAGCGGCAGCUUUGUCAUGUUUGGUGGCGUUGACUCCUCUUACACCACUGGAGGCAUCACAUGGAUCCCUCUCUCUGCUGAAACCUACUGGCAAAUCACCAUGGAUGGCGUCACCAUGAGCGGGGAGACCAUUGCCUGCGCGUCCAGCUGCCAGGCCAUCAUCGACACUGGCACCUCACUGUUGGCUGCUCCCAGCACUGCCGUCGCCAACAUCCAGGAUGCCCUUGGUGCUGACUCCAACGGCGAGAUCAGCUGCAGCAGCAUCAGCAGCCUGCCCGACGUUGUCUUCAACCUCAACGGCUAUUCCUUCCCUGUGCCUGCCAGCAGCUACAUCUUGGAGAGCGAUGGGGUUUGCAGCCUUGCCUUCGAAGCCAUGGACGUCUCCACCGAGUCCGGUGACCUCUGGAUCCUCGGUGACGUCUUCAUCCAUGAGUACUACGUGAUCUUCGACAGGGCCAACAACAUGGUAGGCCUGUCCCCUCUGUCCUGA